ACAGUGAUGGUCAUUUCAUUUCGGUGUCGGCAGGUCAAGAAACAUGGACCCUUCGUGACCCCAGGUGACCUCAGCGGGCUGGAGAAUGCGGGUUGUAGCGAGAGGAUACGUGUUUGUAGGACGAUGUGUCUUCAUUUGCUCUGGCUGCUGAUUACGACUUGCAGAAACGAAACCAGGUUAAUUCAGACUUUCCGAGGAAGCGACAGGUAACGGAGGUACCCGUAUGAAAUCAGCCAGCCGUACUACCGCGUUAGCAUCUCGCCUCUCGUGUUCCUGCUUUUAAAAUGUCCGGCGAGAGUCAGGAGUAUGUCUACACAUAUUAUUCAGGACGAGCGAACUAGUGGCACUGAUGGCGAUAUCGACAACGCUGUUCUUGUUCAUCCACACGCGAGAUCUGCACACCAAGCUGAAGGCGAUGGAGGUGAAGCUGCAGCCAGAGGACAUGCUCUCAGGAGACAGCGCAGCUGGAGUUGGGGGAGGUAGUGGCAACACUGCAGUGAGCGCCAUGGUCAGAAUUUUGACCCAGAGCGACGAGCUGGAGUCGCUGGAUGCGCAGGAGCUGAACAACACACGUCACGCAGGUGUCGACGUCGUGUUCUUCAACCGGGUGCCCAAAGUCGGCAGCCAGACAUUUAUGGAGCUGCUGAGGAGGCUGUCCAUGAGGAACAUUUUCGGCUUCCACCGCGAUCACAUACAGAGGGUCGAGACCAUCCGCCUAGCUCCCAGCGAUCAACUGAAUCUCGCAACCCACGUCAUCAGCUACAAGCCGCCUGCCGUGUAUGUGAAACACGUGUGCUUCACCAACUUCACACAGUACGGAUUGCCGGAGCCAAUUUACGUGAAUUUGGUACGGGAUCCCGUCGAGAGGGUCAUAUCAUGGUAUUACUAUGUCCGGGCGCCCUGGUACUACGUGGAACGUAAACAGGCCUUCCCAGACAUUCCACUACCAGACCCUCACUGGCUGAAGAAGGACUUCGAGACCUGUGUGCUACAGGGAGAUCGUGAAUGCAGGUAUUUGGAAGGAGAGUCACAUGAGGGAAUUGGAGACCAUCGCCGGCAGUCCCUGUUCUUCUGUGGCCACAGUGACUUUUGCACGCCUUUCAAUACACUGGGGGCCCUUCAGAGGGCCAAGAAGGCUGUGGAGCGCCAUUACGCUGUGGUUGGGGUGUUGGAGGACCUGAACUCGACCCUUACAGUACUCGAGAACUACAUCCCUCUCUUUUUCAAGGGGGCCACACAAGUUUACUGGGACGAGGUGGAUCGAUUUACAAGAAUUAACAGGAACCUGUUCAAGCCUCCUGUAAGUGAAGAAGUAAAAGAUAUUGUGAGGCAGAACUUCACGCGUGAGGUGGAGUUCUAUCAGUUCUGUCGGCAACGCCUCCACCGGCAACUCUUGGCAUUACGACUACCAUCUACACACAGUGGGGCAUGACUUUCUUUUCUUGUCGCCAGUGGGUAAACUUUUUCACUAGGCAGCAGGAUCACUGCCUUGAGAUAUGAGGUAUAGGUACAGCAAGGGUUCUCAAACCAUGGCACAGCAAUUUUUUAAUGUGACCUCCAUAAAUUUUUGUAAUAUUGCAUCACUCUGAAAAAUGAAGGAAUAAUUACUGCCUAAAUUAAAUAUUUGAUUUUAAGUCAUUAAUUAAUAAAAACAUAAAAUCAACAAACUUAUUAAAGACAAUUACUCAGUAAUGUGUCAAUAUAUUUGUGAUAAGUAGGAUUUGAGGUUUUCGUGGUGGUGACUGAAGAUGGCUGGCUUCUGUGUUGUGCCGUGUCGUCUGGUAGAAGUUUACUAACCCCUGAUGAUGGAGGCAGCAAGGACCUCUGAAACACUGGUAAACUUCUACCAGACUACACAGUGCAACAACCCAGAAGACAGACAUGUAUUUAUGAUAAGUUAGGAGUGUUCUUAAUAAAUUUGCUUGUAUUUCAAUAAACUGACAUCAUUUAUAACCUAGUGGCCCUCAAGUCAAUAAUAAGAAUUGUGAGUGCAGCCCUAGGUCUUUUUAGGGCUGAGAACCCCUGAUUUUCGUAAAUGAGAAAAAGGUCUCAACAAAUAAUCUUUGCUUCUUUGUGGAAUCACUUUCAUUACAGCUGAUUUCCAAUUUUCACUUGCGUUAGUUUCUUGGAAAAUACGACUGAUACAAAUGAUGUAAACUGAAAUAUUGCUCAGUUAUAUUAUUUUGCCUUUUAUCUACCAUAACAAAAUUUCUUGAACAAUGUUUUGACUUCAGCCGUAGUGAUGCUAUUUAUGAAAUGUUAUCAAACACUCUAUAACCUAGAGAAUUAACAAUAGAUGAUGAAAAGCACAAAGAUCAGCUGAUCUACUAAACUCUUCUAUUAAAAGUUUUUAAAGGAAGUUGUUCUAUAAUGUUUUGCAGUAUUAAUAUCUAAAUACAGAAUGUAUGAUUGAAGACUUUGUUUUAUAUUCAGAUUAGUAUAUAAAAUAGUAAAUCCUUAAAAUGUUUUAAAUAUAAAGAGAGGAGAACUAAAAUAUUGGAUUAUAUGCAGGCUACCACCUGUACCAUUUUACUUCUUAACAUCCAUAAUAGCAAAACUACGUCUCUCAAACACAAUAUUUGUUUGAUAUGGUUGUGGGAAUAAGAAGCUAAUAUUUUGGAUUUCAUUGACAGCAGUGAUGGAAUUUUUAUUGUGUCUUGCCAACAUACCUUUUUCUGUUUCCCAUUGUUACAUGUUUCCGAGUCAUCAGAUAUGAUAGGUCUAACAAGCCAUAUUUUAUUUUGGGAUAAAUAUCUUAAUUUGUUAACAUGUGAAACCAAACAGUGAAGCCUGUGUAUAAAAUGAAAUUCGCAUUAA